GCUGUGGAUACAAAUCCUUUAUCUGUGUAUAUUAUGCAGCCCAUCUGGAAUAAAAUUAUUAAGAUAGUGCCUUUGUGGAUUGCUCCCAACCUGUUAACAUUCUCUGGAUUUGUCAUGAUUUUAUUUAAUUAUUUUCUAAUAUCUUUUUAUGACUGGGAUUACACUGCCUCAGGUAACAGUCCCGGACUUGUUCCCACCUGGGUGUGGCUGUUCAGUGCUUUUACCACCUUUUGUGCUUAUGCUUUAGACUCCAUAGAUGGGAAACAUGCUCGAAGGACUCAGUCCAGUACUCCUCUGGGAGAACUUUUUGACCAUGGGCUGGAUAGCUGGGCUACCUCCAUUUUUGUGCUUUCUUUUUUUUCUGUCUGUUCCCGUGACAAUGGGAAGACUGGAGUUUCUGUAUAUACAAUGUAUAUAUAUUUAAGCAUUGUCUUGUUUAACUUCAUGUGUUCACACUGGGAGAAAUAUAACACAGGAGUUCUUUUUCUUCCUUGGGGAUAUGAUAUAAGCCAAGUGGUAUUAAUAGCAGCAUAUCUGCUCACCGGUACUGUUGGUGUGGAGGUCUGGCAGAAGCCUCUGCUGUUUGGUUAUUAUAUUACAGAUGUAUUAGUUAUCCUGCUUAUAGGCUUCAGUUUGUUUCUAUCAUUUCCACAAACAUUAUACAACAUUCACAGAGCACAUUUAAAGAAAACACUGAAGAAUGAUUCUCUCUAUGAAGGACUGCUACCUCUUGUGUCACCUCUGUUGCUGUUCAUUCUUCUUACAGUCUGGGUGGUUUUAUCUCCAAGCAACAUAUUAGCAAAGCAACCCAGACUCUUUUUAUGGAUGGUUGGGGUUGCUUUCUCCAACGUUAUUUGCAAGGUGAUCGUCUGCCAGAUGAGCAGCACCCGGCCGGAGCUGUUCCACUGGUUCCUGUUCCCGCUGGCGCUGGUGGUGUACGCGGCCAUCUCCGGGCUGCUGGGCUGCAUGGAAGAAGCGGUUCUCGGCGUGUUCACCGCCCUGGUCACGGCUGCCCAUGUGCACUACGGGGUCUGCGUGGGUAGGCAGCUGAGUGAGCACUUGAACAUUUACAUCUUUUCCCUGAAGAAACGCAUCCAAGAGUGAACACCUGCACUGAGAUCAGACUGUAACACUUGACAUGGAGAUUUGCAGCUCUUCUGAUGUGAUAAAUAGUUGGGAUGAGUCUGAUUAAAAUAACCAAAGAAUAGAAUAGUACAGAUAUCUGAACCACUGCAACAACGAGCUACGCAGCCAGAUGCUUCAUCUCAGAGGAAGAUGCCUGUCCAGCAGAGAACUUUACCAAGCUGUUCUGUUGAUGCUUAUUCUUUUUACCAAGCUGUGUUACUCACCUCUGUUUUGUCUUCCUCCUCCUUACCACUGUGUCCAAAGUCCUGAUAAAUCCAUGCUGGGUUACACAAGAUCUUCGGUGAUUCAUAACCAGCACUGGUUUUGCCCAGCCUAGUCACCAGUAGGACCCCAGCAAUGCAAACCCUCCCUGUAUGUCCUUCCCACCCAGACA